UUUUUUUUAUUAUUCUUUCCUCAGUUCUUCUGUCAGUGUCAAUAUUAUGCAGGCCAUGGCCCGUCAUUCCGCCCCGUCAUCUCCUGAAGAGGCUCGUCACUCCCACGCUCAUUUCCAUAACCCUCAGAGUAGUGCUAGAGAUGCAAUCACCAAUGGUCUGUCGCUCCAAGACAGUGCGACUAAUAAACAUAGUUACCACAGCAAGAGCCGAAGGAGAAAAGCUCAAUUUGAAGUUGGGGAUGAUCGUCCUGAAGAAGAACAGCAACAGGAACAAAAUCAGGGACAGGAACAAGGAGAGCGAGACAGCAGCCAGAACAACUUGGAACAGGAACAAGCUCAUGAACCUAAAACAGCACAGGAGGGAGAUAGCAAUAACAUCGCAGGAAGCGCUCAAUUUCAGUACAAUGCUCAAAACCAUAAUCAAUCAUCUACUAAAGCGCCUAAUGCUGUCAAUACAGCAGCAGAUACUGUUCCUUCAGUUGAGGAGGCAGACGAGCUUCAUACCAAAGGAGUAAAUGGUGGACAGAGAAGAGCGCAUAUUGGUCGAGACGAAGAAUUGCUUGCAAAGACUCUCAUUAAUUCAACACUAGCCCAGACGAUGCAAGACCUCGGAUUACAGGGCCAAUACCUAGAGACUGAGAAUGCAACUGAAGAAGAACCACAGCCAGUGCCGCUCGCUCCUUCGCCACCCUCCUCUACUUCACAUCAUAAUGUUCAACAACAGCAGGAGACUUCAGUAGCAGAUAGACCAGAGACGACGUCCACUCAAUCUGGCGAUCAAGAUAUCCUAUCCUCUUCAGAAGAACAAAAGUCUGCACAAGAGGGACAGCUAGAGCGGAUUGAAGGGGAAGAACAAGUAAAGCGGCUGCAAGACCAGCUGAAGCAACAGCAACAAGAAGAAGAUCAGUCAGCCCAACCACAACAGGUCAAGAACCAACAGUCUAUACCUCAAUUAAAUAACUCUGGUAGAAGUCGAGGAGGUCAUGCGCUUGAGAAAAGCAGGAGUAACCCCCCUGAAGUUGUCUCGAACGGUGAAGGACAUUCUCAAGAAGUAGUCCAUAAGAGUUCUGUGAGCAUUCACGAGUCACAGAACCUAUCUCAAUCGCCACCCAAGCCCAAACAUCGCACCCUGUCAAAGACAUCUUUACCAACCUCAAAACGUAUGUCAAAGCUCCUUGAUCCCAGAGCUUCAGCCACAUCCUCUCCUUCACUUACCAAAGUGACAACACAUACCGUCAUGGCCGUUCAUCCAAAGCAGACUGCGGUUGUAGGUACAGACCCUACCAACCCCUCGACACCUUCCACAUCUGAAAAUGGCUCUCGAUCUCAAGGACUUAAAUUGGCUUCACCAACACUGCGAUCUUCACCUGCAGUCGAGCUGGUCGCGAAAUUCCUCACUACAGGUGGAGGCGGCGCUAACACAUCAACAGCAGGUAUACUUUCAGAAGAUGACCAUGGGAGCGGAGCAUCGUCUACUCAGAAUAGGAAAAACUCGAAGGGUGCACACGAUAAAUCGAAUUCGACUUCACCUCAGCAGCGUACAGGCUUUACUUCGAAAUUCUAUCCAGCUUCACCAUCUCAGCCUCAAUUGAGUUCGUCCGCACCCAAGGCCAUUGCUACAUUGCCAUCGAGCGCUAAUCAUUUGAUACCCCCGACGAUUGUGACUACCUCUAUUUCAGACGAGAAUUUAAACGAGAAUGGGAAUAUCUCUGCAGGAGGACCAUUUUCAGCUAUGCUCUCCAAUAAUAACACUGUGAGUGCUACUGCGGCUUCUGCUAUCGCAGCUGCAGCAGUUGCACAAUCUAAUUUAAGUGGUAGCGGAUCCAAGACAGGGACUCUGUCACGAACUCAGCAAAAGUUGUGGCUACAACGCGAGAACCUUCAAGAUGUAGAUGAGGAUGAGAUGGCAAGACGUGGAAGGAUGCAGAAGGAAAUGGACCGGAUUAACCGAGAAUAUAAAUGCGUCCGGACAACAUUGGAUCCAUCCAUGGAGAGUAUCUUGAGGUGUUUGGCACGGAGUGGCAAAUCGCCUUUACAACUCCAGCAGCAGCAGCAACAGCGCCAACAACAACAGCAGCAAAAAUUGAAUCAAACGGUGCAGCAGAGUCAACAUUCUUCACAACAAAAUAACGAUCCUCAACAGCAACAUACGCCUUCGUUACAACACCAUAGGUCAUUGCAGCAACUCAAUGGCCAUUACCAGGGACUACAGGGCAAUUCAGCCAUGCAGCAGGUGUACCAACAUCAAGCAAUGCAGGGUCAUACUCAGAGUGAAAAUGGUGGAGGCGGGGCAGGUAAUGGUACAACGACUCUCGGUCGGGAUUCAGGUAAAUUGACGCUCCGUCAGAUGCAGCAGUUACAGCACAUACAUCAUCAACAGCAACAACAACAGCAGCAGCAGCAGCAGCAGCAGCAGCAACAGCAGCACCAUUACCAGCAGCAGCAGCAGCAGCAGCAGCAGCAGUAUCAACAGAUGCAACACCAAUACCAACGGCAACCUCAUCAUCAGCAACAACGACAACCACAUCAAGGAUGAGAGCAUCUAUACGUCCCUUGAUAAUGCGUGCAUCAGAAUAAAGUAAAUAUUUCC